CCACCCGCGGCCAUGACUCACGUCUCUAGGUCGAUUUCAUUGGUCAACUCUUUUACGUCACCUGAGAAGAAGAAGUGUGGACGUCAAUCAAAGUCGUUGAUGGAUCCGUCGCUGACUAACGGUUCGCUCUCAGGAGAGUGCGCAUGUUUUGGCUGUGGUGAAGACCAAGCCGUACAUCUGAAGGUUGAUUUAUCCAAAGGUCUUGGAGAUAUUUGCACAGCUCAUUACAGGUGCCAGCACAAUGUUUAUGUCCGAUCAGACACGGCUAAUCAAAGGCGGCUAUCAAAAAAUACAUGCUGUGAGGCAAAAAUGGUUUGCACUCUGGUGAAGACUACAGACAAAAGGGGAGGAACUAGUAGGAGCAUUGAUCCCCAUAUACCUACUUACCCAACUUCGGUGCGUUUGUACAAUGUACACAAUCAUAACAUCUUUGUUGCGGAGGCACUGAGGCACAAGGAUGUAGGGGUCAAGGCAAUUGAAACCCUGACACAGUUGUUUGAGGUUGGGCACAGUCCAACCUCAGCUCUGGCUGUACUUAAAAGUGACCUGUUGGCUGAGCAUGGCAACAAAUAUGUAUACGUCUCAGCCAACCGUGCCAUUUGCCCAGACCUUCAGUUUUGCUACAGAUACAGGAAGUUCCUGACCUAUCUACAGAAUCUUUACAGUCGACGUGAGAGUUGGGCUCUCAGUUAUAGGAGGGACUUGCCAACACGUGGCAACCAAACCAAUAACUAUGUGGAGGCUGCAAUGCGUGUCUUGAAAGACAAAAUACUUCAUAGGACAAAAGCAUUCAACCUGCCUCAAUUAUUCAACCUUUUCAUUACCCGACUAGAGAUGUACUAUGAAGCACGUGUGACAGACGUUGCUCUUGGCCAUUGGGAGGCAUUCCACCGGUCAAGAUUUCUUGCUACACAAAGUAAUAUCAAAGCAUCUGAUAUUUCUCAGGUUGGAGAAAAGAAAUUUCAGGUGAGAUCAUCCACAUCAGGGCACACAUAUACAGUGGACAUGGAGUUGGAGCUCUGCACUUGUCCAGUUGGCCAUAGUGGGGCACCAUACAAACACCAGGCAGCAGUAGUGCAAAAUUACAACAUCACCUCCAUCAACUUUCUUCCCACAACAGCUGAAAUGAGGGCUGAGCUGCUGAAAAUAACAAAAGCCUCAGUUUCUCUUGACUUUCUAAACCCUUUACGGCAAAAUAUGCCAACGCCUAGCACAUUAGCUCCAGACAUGCCUCCGAAGCAAGAAACCUGCACUUCUGAUCAUCAGUAUCAUCUCAGUGCUGAAGAUGAUGAGUCACGUCAGCUGGACCUGUCUUCGACCAGCUCUACACAACUGCAACAGAUAUCACCUAUGCAAGGGGACCCAUACUCCAACCAUCCCUGUCUUCAGGGUAACUCAGAGGGAGCAUCUUUACCUCAGUCUCCUGUGAAACGGAUGCUGAGACUGCUCAGUGAAAUGGCUGAAAACCCAGACUACAGUAAUGCCAUGUCUAAAAUGGCCAAGCAGCUUGAAAAGAUGCAGCACAACCAGACCCAACUGAUCUCUGCAUUUUACUGCUUUGGUAAAGGGAUGUCUGUAUCAAAACGUGCAGCAGCAUUAAGACGAGCUGCUAGACGACCAGGUCCUAUUAUUGGCUGUCAGCCAACAGCAGUGGCCAGAAGAACAGCUAAGACUGGUUCUAGGCAGCGUUUGACAGCUGGACGCCCCAGAAAAUGCAGUUCUGGUUCAGAGCAUGACUACAGCAGAUAUACAGGGAAAAGGGCUGUCAGGGUUCGCCACAAAUUGUCAGAAUCUGUGGCAAUGAAUUACUCACAUCAAGCAUAAAAAUAUUUGGGUGUGUGUGUGUGUGUGUGUGUGUGUGUGUGUGUGUGUGUGUGUGUGUGUGUGUGAGUGUGUGUGUGUGUGUGUGUGUGUGUGUGAGUGUGUUUAAAAAUGGUUAUUUAGUAGAUUAGUUAAUGCAAACAUAGUAUUAUUUAUGAAAUUUAGAUCCAGACUGCAGGUUAUGUAGCCAUUUUUUAAAUCAUUUUUGGAAACUUGUUAAAAAUAUUAACUGCACAGAACAUUUUUUCAAAAGUUUUUAUAGCAAUUGUGAAUUGCAUGUAAUGUUUUUUUGUACCAG